AUGAAUCGUAUUUUGAACUUAGACUCCGUCAAUGACGUGAGUUAUAAGAUCAAAAUCCCCAAUAUGAACGAACUCACACCGUUAGAUCUCACAUCGAAAUAUAUCGAUGAUCUUAUAAGCAUCGAUUCCAUAAUUCCAAGUGAUUUAUAUGGAGAAGAUAAAAUCAAUAAGGUUAACUCAUCGACAUUAGACAAUUACUAUUUCCAUAAUCCAGGAGCUGUGACAGCUAAUGGGACCAAUAGUAAUAGUGGGAGCAUCAAUGGUAAUGGUAGUAGGUUCGAGAACAUUGAAAAUGUUAGUUUACCUGAUUCAUUCUUUGAAGAAUUUAAUGGUAGCGAAUUAAUAAGUAAGAAUGGAUUAUUCAAUGAAAUUAAUCGUUGUUGGUUUAUUCUUGAUAACAAAUUGAUCUUAUGGAAUUACAAAGCUCCACAAUCAUCUUUCAAUAAGUCAGUUUUCUUGAAUAUCGAUUUAAGAUACCUGAUAUUAUCAGUGAAAAUAUGUAAACCAAAAGAAGGUAUAUUUAUAAAAGAUGUGAAUUAUAUACUUGUGAUUGCUACUACAAUGGACAUCCAUAUCUAUGUCAUAAAAUAUAACAAUGAGUUAAAUAAUUUGGAAAUGUUUAAUCCAAAUUUAUCAGUAUCCAUUCAAGGUUUAAUGGUUAAUAGCAUUAUAUCUCAUAGUAAAACCAAUGAUAUUUAUUUCAGUGAAGGUAAUAAUAUUUGGAGAUUAGAUUAUUCCAACAAGUCUUCUUUCAUAAAGAACAAAUGUGACAAGGUUUGUCUUACAAAAUCGGGUUUUAUCAAUAAGAUAUCAAUUUUCAAUGAUGAUCAACAACAAAUUCCUGAAUCUAUAGUCCAAUUGGAUUUAGAUGAAGAUAGAGAUGUAUUAUAUUCAUUAUCAAACAAGUCCAUCAUAAGAACCUAUAAGAUCACUAAAAAUCAAGAACAAUUCACUGUGUUUAACAAAAUUACUCCAUCAGAAAUAUUCAAAAACGUUUCAAGUUUAUUUGUUGAUUCAGGAAAUUUCAAGUCAUUUUCAAAAUUCAAGAUCAUUUCAAUUUCUGCCAUUAAAAGAGAAUCAACAACUGUUCAAUUAAUAGCCAUCACCAAUUUUGGGGUUAGAAUUUUAUUGAAAUUAGGAAUGAUAAAUUCCAUGUUCUUUUCAUCAUCAUCAAAUUCCUUGAGGUUGUCAGUAGUGACAUUGAAAUUCCCUCCUUCUAAAGAAUUACCAACUUUAAAUAACGAAUUAGAUUCAUUUACAAGAUCUAAACAAUACAUCAACCAAGUAAUCUCCAAUCAACAAAAAUCCCAAUUAUUGAAAAAUGCUAAAUUUUCCAAAAUUUUAAGUCCUGGAAUAUUUUUGUUGGUGAAAAAAUCUAAGAAUGGUGAUAAAUUAUUCGUUUCCACAGUAAAUUAUGGAUUCUUAAAGAAGAACAAUAAAAUCAUUGAAGAUGCAGAAUUCUUAAAGAUUUCAGGUAACAAAACAGAUAUUGUAAUCAAUGAUAUCGUUCAAAUAACACCUUCCAUGAAUGCCAACAACCAAAGUAAUGGAUAUGCCAACAUCUUAGCAUGUCAAUAUACCAAAGAACCUUUGAAAUUUGCUAUAUUGACCAAUUAUGGUAUUCAAAUAUUCCAAUAUCAAACUCCUGAUAAACUACUCAAAGAUUUGAAUGAUGAAAGAAUUGAAAAUUUUGUUGAAGAAAAUGGAUUUGAAGAAACCUGUUCUACUUUACUUUACUUGUCAUGCUCAACUAAUUAUUUAAAUCGUAAAGCUAUCAUGUUAUUUUCAACUAUUGGUAACAAUGCUAGAAUUAUCGAUGAAGUGAAUAAUUUAAAUCCUUCAAAUAUUAAUAAUAAUGAAAAGAAUCAAGUUGUUUUAAGUGAUAGAUUUUAUGGUACUUGUUUAUUGAUUUCAAGAAUCUUUAGAGAUUAUUGGUCAAUCAAGAUUUUCAACCAACAAAAAGAGAAAGAUUUGAAUAAAAUCCUUAUUAAUAUCAAUAAGAGCAAAAUUGAAUAUUUUAUUGGUUCAGUUAUUGUACUAUUAGAAUUUUUCAAUAAUUUCAGUAACAAUAUUCCUGGACUUAAUGCACCAAAUUAUUCUUCUGAUCCAACAAGAUUUGAUAAUGAGAUUUGUCUCAGAUCUGAACAUAUUGCUUUUACUUCAAUCAUCAAAUCAUUAAAUUCAAUGAAAGAAGCACUUUCAUUUUUGAUGAUCUUAAUCGAAGAGACUAAUUUCAAUGAAAUUUUCAAUAAUUUGAAUGUUUCAAAUCAAAGAAAUCUUUUAUCUUUACAGUUUAAUAACCUUUUAUUACCUAAUAAUGACACCAAGAAUCUUAUAAAAGAUCUUUUAUCAUCAAUAAUCAAUAAAAAUAUCCUAAAAGGUGGAUCUAUUGAUUAUAUUACCAAUUCUUUACAAGAUAAAUGUGGAUCUUUUAUAUCAACUGAUGAUAUACUCAUUUUCAAAGCUAUUGAAAAUUUAACAAAAGCUAAAAAUUAUCGUUCCAGAGAUCAAGAUAUGAAAAUCAAAUGUUUAAAGAACGCUAUUCAAUUAUUUGAAAAAGCUUCAAAAUCUUUAACUUUAGAAAAUAUCGAAAAUUCUGUCAAUAUCAUGUUGGAUUUAGAUUUCUAUGUUGGAUCUAUUGAAUUAUUGAUUAAACUUGUAAUUAACCAAUCAAAUAAAGAUAGUCUUUAUGGACUCAUUUUCAAUAUUUUGAAUAAAAUCGAUAAUAGAAUCUUACAAGCAAACGAUAUCAAAGACACUCAAGCAAUCAAAGAGUUAAUGGAAAUAAGAGAUUUAAGUUAUAAAUUGUGUUUCAAUUGUAAAGAUAAAACUUUCCAUUAUAAAUUCUAUCAAUGGUUUAUUGACGAAGGUAAUAAUGAUAAGUUACUUGAUAUCAACAGUGAAUUUAUUUUAGAUUUCUUGAAAGAAAAAUCCAAUGAAAACAUUCAAUUGAGUGAAUUAUUAUACAAAUACUAUGCUAAACGAGAAAAAUAUUAUGAAGCUGGUAGUAUUUUAUAUUAUUUAUCAAUAUCUGAAUUCCCAAUUGAAUUGAUUAAGAGAUUAGAAUAUUUAAGUCGGGCUAAUGGAUUCUGCAAUUGUAAUUGUCCAUCUAAUCUUAGACAAAAAAUGAUUCAAUUAUCAACAUUGAUCCAAGAUUUAUUCGAUGUUGGGAAUAUUCAAUUGGAUUUAUUAAAGUUAAUUGAAAAUGAUAAGAGAAUUAACCCAACCUUGAGAUCUAAAUCACUUGAAAGUUUGAAUAACAAAAUCUUGAACUUGACAGAUUUAUUCAAUGAUUUCACUGAUCCUUUAGGUUAUUAUAAUUUAUCAUUGAUAAUAUUCAAGAUUUCCGAUUAUAGAAAUUCUGAUGAUAUUUUCAAACGUUGGGAAUUAUUGAUUGAAAAGAUUUAUUAUAACUCAUUCAAAGAUAACAAAUUACCAUUCUAUAUUGAAUUGGUAAAUCAAUUCAAUUUGAUAAGUUCCAAAGUAUCAUCUAAUGACUUAGUUUUCCCCAUAGAUAAAUUGAUUAAAUUGAUCAGUAAGUAUUUAAAUGAUGCUUUUGAAGAAGAUCCUUUACAAGAGAUUCCUAAGGGUGUGGUGGUUGAUUUAUUCAUCAAAUCAGGUAUUACUUACGAUAAAUUAUAUUAUAUCUUCAAAUCAAUCAUUGAACAAAAUUUUGAAAUAUAUCCUGGGUUCAUCAAGUUCUUGAAUAAUGAAAUGAUUUAUUUAAUCAAAAAUUGGUAUUUGAAUGAUAAAAACUUAAGAAAUCUUGUAUCAAAUGAUGAGAUUUUAAACUUACAUGAAUAUAGUAUAGAUAAAGAUCCUAUAGGUAAUAAAUAA